AUGCCAAAGCUGCUUGCUAACUUGCAUGGGACUGAAGUGCCUGCGAGCCUCGCAACGAGCUCCAGGGCGACAAGGACGUGGGUGGACGUUAUACGAUCUCGGGGUUUUUGCGGAGCAGUUUCGGUGCAAACGGCAGACACGGUCGCACGUCUGACGCGCCAGGCGAGGCCGGGCUGGAUCGGCGCAAUUGGGCUGAGCAGCGGGGCGAUUCCUGAAGUUUCGUCCAAAAUGGCGAAUUUCCAGGCUGCCCUGCCUGGUCGACGCACUCUUGGGAGCCACGCAGCCGUGGGCCAUUUGGGCACGGCUCAACCAACGUGCAGCCCUUCACGCCGCGCGUCAGCUCAAGCGACCGCCCCGCCCGAAAACCCGUCAGCCCGGCUGAGCCCAGCAGGUCCGCAGGGCGUGGACAGAGCGCGGACGCCUCGAGUUCGAGCUCGACUUUUUCGUGCGGUGCGGGCGGCGGCGGCUGCUCAGCGCAUGCAGACAGAGAGCCAACCCGGCCCAUCGCAGCUCUGCCCAGGCCAGAGAGCCCGCGCCCAGAGAGCGCUCCCUCGCUCUCGCAUAUCGCUCGCUCGCCAAAAGCGGCGCGCUCCCAUCGCCGUCGAGCCUGUCUAUCCGUCUUCGUGUCGUUCUCCCUCUCCUCCCUCCACCGACAUCUCGACCAUCGCCAUCCUCAGAGGUACCGGAUCCACUUUGACCAACUCCGCGCGGUCAGCCGAUCCCUCCCCCGUCAGGCACCUUGAAACGCAGGUCGAUUCUCUCUCCCCACCGACCGGCUCCCACUCAAGUGUGUCGACACACGCGCAUCCAGCCUCCAGCAUCCAGCAUCCAGCAUCGCAGUAG